AUGUACCCCAGCCCUUUAGCUGUGUCCUCCAGAAAGCUCACCGACAACAUCGUGCUUUCCGUGACCGGAUUUAAACGGAUGGGCCGCGUGAAUUUCGGCGCCCGUAUGGCUCUUUUCCGUUUGCAAGACUCGGUGGUGGUCUGGUCCGCCAUUCCUUUCAGCGAUGACGUCAACAAGGCCUUGGAAUUACUCACGGGCCAGGCAGCCGGGUUCAACGUCACUCAUCUUAUAGUGCCGGACAGCGAGCACACGAUGGCUGCGGCCUCUUUCAAACAGGAAUUCCCAAGAAUGAAGAUCAUUGCCAUGGAAGGCGUCCAGUUGGGCAAGGGUGUCUCGCCCGAUUAUGUCGUGACCUCCAAGUACGGCAAUAAGAAGAUUGACGCAGAAACGUUGAGAGAAAUCGGCGUUCAGGAGCCCCAGAUCUUGGACAACUUCGAGUUUGUCUACCUCCCCUCACAUGGCAACAAGGAGCUUGUCGCGUACCACAAGGAGUCCAAGGCCGUGUUCGAGGCCGACAUGCUUUUCAACUUACGCACCGACGUCCCCAUGGAACAAUUCAGUCCUGCCACCGGCUUUCCGGAGAACUACUACCCAUUUUCCGGGAUGUCGUUCCUUGCCAAGUUCCUCAAUGCAGACAGCAAAACGGGGCGGUUCCUUUUCCGCAAGAUGGUCAACACCAAGGCGUCUGCCGAGGGACUCCAGGCAAUCAAUGCCUGGGAUUUCGACACGCUUGUCAUGUGCCAUGGGAAUGUCAUCGAAAAAGGCGGGAAGGCGGCCUUCCAGAAGGUCUUCCUGAGUGUCUUGAACUGA